UUUGCCCCCCCUCCUCCCUCUCUCUCUCUUUCUCUCGCGCGCGCGCGCCCAUCUCUCCUCCGUAUCCUCUCUCUUGGACUACACAGAGAAAACGACCCGUUUUUGCCAGCUCCCAUCUGGAAGGAACCCCUGUAUUAUCCCUCUGAAAGAGGGAGAGAGAGAGAGAGAGAGAGACCCACAAGGGCACCAAGUUCACUGAGUAGCUGGGUCAUCUACAGAUACACACACACACACACCCACGAGCAGAGAGAAAGAGAAAGAGAAGGGGAAGAAAAAGGGAGGGGAAACAGUCCAACAUAGUGUGUAGUAUAGUCCACCACCGCCAUAUUAUAUUAUUAUGAUCCAGACAUGGAUGAUGAUAAUGGCUUCCGCAGACCUAAUUUCCCUCUCCAAUUGCUCGAGAGAAGCAAUGACCACCGCCAACCACCACCUCCUCCCCCUCCUUCUUCCGCUCCCUCCUCCUACGCAUCCCUCGCCAUCGCCGGCGGCGGCGGCGAGCCGAGCACCAGCCGCCCCGGUUCCAACCUCCAGGUCCCCGAGCUGCCGAAGAAGGCCGUUCCCAAGCGGACCUCCACCAAGGACCGGCACACCAAGGUCGAUGGCCGCGGCCGACGCAUCCGCAUGCCCGCCCAGUGCGCCGCGCGGGUCUUCCAGCUCACCCGCGAGCUCGGCCACAAGACCGACGGUGAGACCAUCGAGUGGCUCCUCCAGCAGGCCGAGCCCGCCGUGAUCGCCGCUACCGGCACCGGCACCAUCCCCGCCAACUUCACCUCCCUCAACAUCUCCCUCCGCAGCAGCGGCUCCAGCAUGUCAGCCCCCUCCCACUUCCGCAGCGGCUACUUUAGCCCUGCCUCCACCAGCUUCGCUGCGUCGCCGCACCUGAGGAGCAUGAUGUUGCACGGCGUCAGUCAGUGGGAGCGGAGCAUCUCCACUGUCGACGAGCCAGUGACCGCCUCCCAGCACAGAAUUCUGUUCCCUGGAGUUGGCCUAUCGUCGGAUAAUUCAUUUAACGCGAACAGCAGCACCAUGUCGGAAGCAAAGCAAGAGCUACGCGACGCCGAUGCCGCGGCAGUGGCAGAGGAAGAGGGAGAGGAGGCAGGUUUAGGGAGGAAGCGGAGGCCCGAGCAGCCAGAAUUCAACAAUCAGAGCGUGAUGAUGGGGAACUACCUGUUGCAGACGCCAGGCGCCACAGCGGGAUCUUCGAGCUCUGCCGGGAGCCCGACGGCAUUCUGGAUGAUGCCGAAUACGAGCAGCCAAGUGAUAAGCGGCGAUCCCUUAUGGACGCUCCCUUCUGGUGCCAGCAACAGCAACGCUUCCAUGUACAGAGGCUCCAUCUCCAGUGGCCUUCAUCUCAUGAACUUCCCCAUACCAAUGACCCUCUUGUCUAGCCAACAAUUGGGCCCGGGAAUCGGUGGCGGCGGCGGAGUGACGGUAGCUGACAGCCACUUGGGCAUGCUGGCGGCACUGAAUGCAUUUCGGCCAGGCGGCGGCGGUUCGGAGUCGCAGGCCAGCGGUCCACAGCCGCAUCAUCAUGGAGGUGAUCAAGAUGGCCGCGAUACAGCCAGUCAUCAUUCUCAUCACCAUCACCAUCAACAUUGACGUCAUAAUUAAAAAAAAAUGUAUGACCUUUUGAUCUUCUCUGGCCUUUUUCUUCGCCCUACCUUUUCUUUUAUAUAUGUAUGUGCAAUUUUUUUUUGGGCCAUGGCGGACGUCGGAAUAUUUGUUUCUGAUUAGGGAUUGUUGAGAUUGAUGUUCGAUUUUUUGGUUUGAGACCGACUGUGGAAUUUAGGGUUUUUAAUGCAUAAGUGUUAAUAUGAGUAUCGAUUGGUUUUCUUUUUUGAUUUUCUGAUGAAGUUUCUUGUUCAAAGUA